UUUAAAUUGCCUGCCUCGCUGUAAGAAGGUGUCAUAAUGAAUAGGCCAAAGCCAACUAACAUUAGACGCCCAAGUGCUGUUAAGCCUUCAGGUCACCCUCCUCCUGGUGAUUUCAUUGCCCUGGGCACAAAGGGUCAGUCCAGUGAGCAGAAAGCGCCAGCCGCUCUGCUUAAACCGGCGUCCUCGGGAUUGCCGCCCGAUCGCAAACGAGAGGCCUCUUCAUCACUCCCGUCUUCCUCCGGUCUGUCCAGCCUCUCCAAACGACCCAAACACUCGGCCACGCCUCCGAGCGCUCUGACGCGUCUUGCCGAAGUGGCAGCUGUUGACAAGAGGGCAAUAUCACCUUCUAUCAAAGAGCCAUCAGUGGUGCCUAUUGAGGUCCCUCCAGCUGUGCUCCUGGAUGAAAUCGAAGCGGCGGAGGCAGAGGGAAAUGACGAUCGGAUCGAGGGCUUGCUCUGCGGGGCGGUCAAACAGCUGAAGAUGAACCGAGCCAAGCCUGACAUCACCCUGUAUUUGAGCCUCAUGUUCCUAGCCAAAAUCAAGCCCAACAUAUUUGCCACUGAGGGAGUUAUUGAGGCCUUGUGCAGCCUGCUGCGACGUGAUGCUUCCAUUAACUUCAAAGCCAAAGGGAACAGCUUGGUGUCUGUGUUGGCCUGCAACUUGCUGAUGGCCGCCUACGAAGAGGAUGAAAACUGGCCAGAGAUAUUUGUCAAAGUUUACAUUGAAGAUUCUCUUGGAGAGCGUAUAUGGGUGGACAGCUCCCACUGUAAGACCUUUGUGGACAACAUCCAGACCGCCUUCACCACUAAAAUGCCGCCCAAGAGUAUGUUACUGCAGACGGACACGGGUCGCUCCGGGGGAGACCUGAGUGCAGGAAACAGCCCUCACCCCUCAACCCCCGACGAGGACGACGGCCAGACGGAGCUUCUCAUCGCGGAGGAGAAAUUAAGUCCGGAAGAUGAAGGACAGAUCAUGCCAAGGUAUGAAGAGCUGGCAGAAAGCGUGGAAGACUACGUUCUCGACGUGCUUCGGGACCAGCUGAAUCGUAGGCAACCCAUGGAUAACGUUUCAAGGAACCUGUUACGCCUGCUCACCGCCACCUGUGGCUACAAAGAGGUGCGGCUGAUGGCCGUGCAGAGGCUGGAAAUGUGGCUACAGAACCCAAAAUUAACAAGGCCGGCCCAAGACCUGCUCAUGUCUUUGUGUAUGAACUGUAAUACCCACGGGUCAGAUGACAUGGAGGUGGUUUCCAAUCUCAUCAAGAUCCGACUCAAACCCAAAGUUCUGCUGAACCACUACAUGCUCUGUGUCAGGGAGCUUUUAAAUGCACACAGGGACAAUCUGGGUACUAUGGUGAAGUUUGUGAUCUUUAAUGAGUUGUCUAAUGCCAGAAAUCCAAACAACAUGCAAGUCCUCCACACAGUCCUACAGCACAGCCCCGAGCAGGCCCCGAAGUUUCUGGCGAUGGUGUUCCAGGAUCUGUUGACUAAUAAGGAUGAUUACCUGCGAGCCUCUCGUGCUUUGCUGAGGGAGAUCAUCAAGCAGACUAAACACGAGAUCAACUUCCAGUCCUUCUGCCUGGGCCUGAUGCAGGAGAGGAAGGAGCCCAGCUACGUGGAUAUGGAGUUUAAAGAACGCUUUGUCAUCCAGGUGACAGAUCUGCUGACGGUCUCCAUGAUGUUAGGAAUAACAGCUCAGGUUAAAGAGGCCGGCAUCGCAUGGGACAAAGGAGAGAAGAAGAAUCUGGAGGUACUGAGGGCGUUUCAGAAUCAGAUCGCUGCCAUUCAGAGAGACGCCGUGUGGUGGCUGCACACCGUGGUCCCUACCAUCAGUAAAAUAGGACCUAAAGACUAUGUCCACUGCCUUCACAAAGUGCUCUUCACAGAGCAACCAGAGACGUACUAUAAGUGGGAUAACUGGCCACCUGAAAGUGAUAGGAACUUCUUCCUGCGGCUAUGCUCAGAGGUUCCCCUUCUGGAGGACACGUUGAUGCGUAUUCUAGUGAUCGGCCUGUCACGUGACCUGCCGCUGGGCCCGGCCGACGCCAUGGAGCUGGCCGACCAUUUGGUCAAGAGAGCCGCAGGGGUCCAGUCAGACGAUCUGGACGUGUUGCGUGUGGAAAGAAUCCAGCUCAUCGAUGCUGUACUGAAUUUGUGCACAUACCAUCACCCAGAGAACAUCCAGUUACCUGCAGGGUAUCAACCUCCAAAUUUGGCUAUAUCCACGCUUUACUGGAAGGCCUGGCUUUUGCUGCUUGUAGUGGCCGCUUUCAAUCCGCAGAAAAUCGGUCUGGCGGCUUGGGACGGAUACCCUACCCUGAAAAUGCUCAUGGAAAUGGUCAUGACAAAUAAUUACUCCUACCCUCCGUGCACGGUGGCAGAUGAAGAGACCAAAACGGAGAUGAUAAACCGUGAACUCCAGAUCUCUCAGAAGGAGAGACAGGAGAUCCUGGCCUUCGAGAGCCACCUGGCAGCCGCCUCUACCAAGCAAACCAUCACGGAGACCAACAGCCUUUUACUCUCUCAGCUCACCAGCCUGGAGCCCAAAGGGCCUCCACGCAGACCUCCUCCUCACAUCCAGGAGCAAGUGAAGAGUCUUAACCAGUCCCUGCGCCUGGGCCACCUGCUCUGCCGCAGCCGCAACCCGGAUUUCCUGCUCAACAUAAUCCAGAGACAGGCCUCUUCUCAGUCAAUGCCAUGGCUGGCUGACUUGGUUCAGUCCAGUGAGGGAUCUUUGGAUGUUCUGCCUGUCCAGUGUCUGUGUGAAUUUCUCCUGCAUGACGCUGCGGACGACAGCUCUUCUGUGGACGACGAUGAAGAAGGAGAGAGCAAAGAGCAGAGAGCAAAGAAGAGACAAAGGCAGCAAAAGCAGCGUCAGCUCCUAGGACGUCUGCAGGACCUGCUGCUUGGUCCCAAAGCAGACGAGCAGACAACAUGUGAAGUUCUGGACUACUUCUUACGUCGUCUGAGUUCAUCUCAGGUUGCGUCCAGAGUUCUGGCCAUGAAGGGCCUGUCUCUGGUGCUGACGGAGGGUGGGCUGAAAGACGGAGAGGAGAGAGACCAGCCUAUGGAGGAAGACUCCAGAGAUGCGGAGUUGUUGCCCGGGUACCAAUGGCUGUUACAGGACCUCCCUAAACUUCCCCUGUUCGACAGCGUGCGUGGCAUGACUGCCAGUGCCUUACAGCAGGCCAUUCACAUGGAAACGGACCCUCAGACCAUCAGCGCUUACCUGAUCUAUCUUUCCCAGCAUGCACCAGUGGAGGAACAGGCACUCCACAAUGACCUGGCUCUGGAUGUGGCUCGACUGAUCGUGGAACGCUCCACGAUUAUGAACAGUCUGUUCUCCAAGCACUCGUGCAGGCCCGAUUCCGACGCCGUGCUGUCCGCCCUCCUCUCCAUCUUCUCCACCUACAUCCGCAGGAUGAGGAAAACCAAAGAGGGAGAGGACCUCUACAGCUGGUCUGAAUCACAGGACCAAGUGUUCCUGCGGUGGACUACGGGUGAAACUGCCACUAUGCACAUUCUGGUGGUCCACGCGAUGGUCAUACUGCUCACACUGGGUCCCCCGAAAGGUAUCUCUGAUGACUUCUACACACUGCUGGACAUUUGGUUCCCCGACAAAAAGCCCCUCCCCACUGCCUUCCUGGUGGACACAUCAGAGGAAGCCCUUCUCUUACCUGACUGGCUGAAGCUGAGGAUGAUCCGGUCAGAGGUUUCCCGAUUGGUGGAUGCGGCUUUGCAGGAUCUGGAGCCUCAGCAGCUGCUCUUGUUUGUCCAGUCCUUCGGCAUCCCGGUGUCCAGUAUGAGUAAACUGCUACAGUAUUUGGACCAGGCCGUGUCUCAUGAUCCACAAACACUGGAACAGAACAUCAUGGACAAGAAUUACAUGGCUCACCUGGUAGAGGUGCAACAUGAACGAGGAGCCACCGGGGGGCACACUUUCCACACUUUACUCAGCGCAUCACUUCCUCCUCGCAGGGACAGUGCAGAGUCAAGCAAGGCUAAGGUUACCGUGGAAACACCCCAUAGCUCAGUUAAGAUGAGACCAGCAACUCAGGUGCCAGUCAUUGGUCCUGAGGAUGACUUGACUGCCAUUCUCCUACAGUUGUUCCCCCUGAAGGUGGACCCCCGCUGGCCGACCCCGCCUGUGCGUCCCCUCUCCCUGGCGCUGCAGCAGGCCCUGGCACAGGAGGUCCUGCGGGCACGGAAGGGUCAGUGCCAGCAGGGCGGCACGGCCGGGCGUCUGCUCCAGGCCCUGGCGGCUCUGCUGGGCUCUCCCCGCGCCGGCGCCCUGGUGGUGGCCAUGCACCGCAGCCACGCCAUCUCCUGCCCGCUUCUGCGCCAGCUCAACCUCUACCAGCGGCUCGUCUCUCAGGACGUGGCCUUCUCCACGCUCUUUUUUAACGCCAUCGUGCAGAUGCUGUCGUGGCUGGAAAGCUCUGCCGUGGAGGCGGGACCCCUGCAGACCCUUCUCAAGUCAUUGGCUGCCCAGUGCCCCCAUAAGCAUCGCAUCACUGACGUGCGCACAGGUUUUCUGCACCUGGCUGAAGCCCUGGCAUACAGACGAGACACGGAGGCGACGGUGAGGGGAAUCAUCGCUUCCCUGAGAGCCGGAGAGAGAUGCAACGCGGAGCCGGACCUCAUCGGGAAAGUUUUACAAGGGUUGAUAGAGGUCAAGUCCCCAUUUUUGGAGGAACUGCUGUCCCUGCUCAUGACCGUUGGCACGGAAACGGGUGCCACGAGCAGGAACACGGCUGGCCCUGUCGCCAUGGUGAUCUCCUUGCUUCUUCAGGAAGCAGAGGACAGAGGAGUGAAGAAGGAGGUGGAUUCCAAAAUCUCUGAGGUGAAAAGAACAGGAUCAAGCUCUGGGCUGCUGGUUGAUUGGCUGGAACUCCUUGACCCUGAGGUGACCUCUGUAUGCCCAGACCUCCAGCAGAAGCUUCUUUUUGCCCUAAACAAGGCUAAAGGCAGCAGUGACAGCCUGGCCCCAUCAUACAGACCGUACCUUUUGGCUCUGCUCAUACAUCAGUCCAACUGGAGCACCCUUCACCAGUGCAUCAAAGGCCUGCUCAGCAAACACAGAGAGCAGAGACUGGACCCGUCCUCUGCUUUGGACUUCCUGUGGGCGUGUAGUCACAUUCCUCGAAUCUGGCAGGGUCGCGACCAGAAAACCCCACAGAAACGCACGGAGAAGUUUGUCCUGCGGCUGAAUUCGGAGGAGCUGAUCAGCCUGGUGGACCUGAUCCUGUCCGAGUCCGAGCUGAACUCGCCGGAUUCGCCCCAAGCCAAGACCACCCUGGACCAGGCCUCCUGCUCGCUCAUCCAAUCGCGCGUGCCCCUGCUGCACAGCUGUUGCCACGGAGACCUAGAGAGCGUGAAGAAGGUCUCCGAGUAUCUGAUCAACUGCGUCAAGAAAUGGGGUGACAGCGUAAUGAGUAAGAGGUGUCAGAAUCUGCUGCUUCAGAUCUACCUGCACUUCCCAGAGGUCAUCCAGCACGUGACCCUCCCCCAGGCCACCCUGAGCGGGGACGGGGCCGCGGACGGCAGCACCUGUAAGCUCGACGUCCUGGUCCACCGUCUCAUCACCUUAAUGGGCGACAACGGAGAGUCCAAAUCGGCAGAGAGCCGCGUGUCCGACGCUAGCCUGGCCUGCAGGAAACUGGCCGUGUCACACCCUGUCCUUCUCCUGAGACACUUACCCAUGAUCGCUGCACUGCUGCAUGGUCGCAUCCACCUGAACCUACAGGAGUUUCGACAGCAAAGUCACCUGACUUUCUUCAGCGACGUGCUGACCAUUCUGGAGCUGCUGCAGCCGCUUGUGUUCCACAGCGACCACCAGAGGGUGCUGCAGGACUGCCUGCUGUCCUUCAUCAAAGUCCUACAGAACAUUAGGAGGUUAUCUCGACUGCCAAUCAUAAGCAAGUUCGUGCAGUUCAUUCAAAAAUACAUUACCCACGAUGCCGCGGCGGCUGUGCCUUAUCUGCAGAAGCAUUCCGACAUACUGCAGGGGCUGUCAUCAGAGAACCCAGACCUUGUGCAGCUCAAGUCUUUGCUGGCUGGUUUGACUCUUCCUGUGAAGACGGGUUCCUCAGAGAGUGUGGCUGAGGACAGAGACGCGGAGGACUCCUCUUCAGGAUCUUUGCCGCUGGUCAGUAUAUCUGCAUCCAUGCCGCUGACCUCUGCAGACAUGACAAAGUACCUGAAGAAGAUCUGCAAAGGAGAGGCCAUUGAAGAUGUGUUGGAAGUGUUAACUGAAGUGGAUGAGAAGUCCAAGAGGACUCCAGAAAUCAUUCAGUAUUUUGUUAAUGAUCUUCAGAGACUGAUGAGUUCACCUGAGGAGUUGUGUCGAAACAUGGCCUUCAGCCUGGCUCUUCGCUGUAUCCAGAACAGUCCCAGCAUGGCAAAAGACUUUCUGCCCACGUUCAUGUACUGCCUUGGCAGCGGAAACUUCGAUGUAGUGCAAACAGCUCUAAGGAACCUUCCAGAAUAUGUUCUGCUCUGUCAAGAGCACGCUGAUAUUCUGCUCCACAAGGCUUUCUUGGUAGGCAUUUACGGCCACAUUGACACCAGCAGUAUGAUCUCUGAAUCCAUGAAGGUUCUUCGAAUGGAAGCAACGACAUAGAACUCAUUGUCACUGUCGCGCAAAGAGCAUUUUGGUUGUGCCGUAAGACGCUUUUAUAAUCUUACAUCAUCAUCGGCCUGCCCAUCGGCGAAUUUGGAAUUCUGAUGAUGUCACACUCAAUCUCUGUCUUAAUGAAACUUCCUAUGAAAUGGAGAAUUGUUAAAGAUACUACUAUGAAAGUUAUGUUUCAAAAGUGAUCUCCAGUGAUAGAUAUUACUCCCAGCACACAGUACUGUCAUUAGCAUUUUGUCAUAGAAUACCUUGAAUA